AUCUCUCCAUCGCCAUGAACAGAAUAUUCGGAUCAGGACGGGCCAAGCCCAAACCCUCUCUCACAGACGCAAUCGGCUCGACGGAAACACGCAUCUCAUCCCUGGAAGUCAAGCUCAAAAAACUCGAUGCCGAACUUGGAGUCUUCAAGAACCAGAUGUCCAAGAUGCGCGAAGGGCCAGGGAAAGCCGCAGUGCAACAGAGAGCGCUCAGAGUGCUCAAGCAGAAGAAGAUGUAUGAGGGGCAGCUGGGGCAGCUACAGCAGCAGACAUUCAAUAUGGAGCAGGCUGCUAUGACGACUGAGAAUCUCAAGAAUACGAUGGCCACCGUCGAUGCGAUGAAGGUCGCCAACAAAGAGAUGAAGAAACAGUAUAAAGGCAUCGACAUUGACAAGAUUGAAAACAUUCACUACGAUAUGGAAGACCUCAUCGACCAAGCCAAUGAAAUCCAAGAAUCUCUAGGCAGGAGCUACGGUGUUCCCGACGAAGUGGAUGAAGCCGAUCUUAUGGCCGAACUUGACGCCAUAGGCCUCGAUGAUGAACCUAUUGGGGAUAACGAGACGCCUAGCUACUUGUCCGAUGCCCAGACUUUGCCCGAUUUCGUCGACUCUGCCCCUCUGGAAGAUUUUGGACAUGAGCAGCCCACAGCCGAGAUCGCCCGUUAAGCGUGGCUUCAGCGUGUGGCGGCGUUUCUUUGUGAUUGCCUCUGAGAGACAAAAUGUUUGUACAGGUUAUCACUAAAAAAAGGUAUACGGAAAGAAAGUUUAGCAUCAGUAUGGGCAGCUGGUUAUACAUAUGGUAACAUUGCUGGGGCAGUGUUUGGGUCAUGACUUAGAGUCUUUUUCUUUUCUUCCUUCUCUUUCUCUAAGAUUGGUCUCUUAUCUUAUCUUUGCCGAAACAGAUGUAUGCUGUACUCUAUGCGAUCGAGUCAUGUGUUUCAGCCG